AUGAGAAGAUUCUACUCCACUGACCCUCCAGUAUCGGCUCUUGCUCAACGUAUUGCCUCCAUUCUUGAAAGCAAAAUAAACGAUUCAACUGCAUCCCAAUUAUCAAAUGACCCCACCUUGUCCGAGCAAUUGAAGGUUCUUAAAGAACUCGACCUGGCUAAGGCCAAAGAGUAUAAUCAAAAGCAUCAGGUGGCUCUAAAACGAACAGACCUCAGUAAUGAACGACUACUAGCUUCAAACAAGCAUGCUAGAGAAACUGCCAAUGCUAAACCAUGGACUGGUACAGAGUCAUUACAUGAUGCCAAUUUAAGAAUGUUGGUGGAUUCAAAACCUCCUCCUUUGAAAGUGUCGACAGGGAAAAGGAUUCUAAGUGCUAGAGAAUCAUCAUUAGACUAUAAACUAGGAAUCGGUAUUGGAACCGGGAAAGAUUCCGAAAAUAAACCCGAAAGUGAAUCUGAAGCGGGAAGCUUCAAAGAAAUGUAUAAAGAACGACUUUUGGGCCCUUCAAUGUUAGUGAAUUCUAAUCCUCAAUCUGCAUUUGGAAUGAUUGGUUCUAUUGCUGAUGCCAGAAUUGCUGAACUGAUAAAUAAGACCACUGGUCGAUUCGAUAGUGAUCACAACAUGUCUCAAGUUAGAGGGAAACCUUUAAGUAAAGAAUACUUACAGAAUUGUACCGAUCUGAACUUCUUUAUGAAUAAAAUCAUGCAGAAUCAAGAAGUACUCCCUCCAUGGGUCGAAAAUAAAAAGUUGUUGGUUGCAGAAAUCAAUCGUUUUAGACAAGAUUUAGAUAAUUCUAGUCUUGACCUUUCUCUGGUGGCAUUCUUCAAAUUAAAAGUAGAUAAACUUAAUCAGCAGAUUCGGAAUUAUAAUUUGCUGGCACCAUCUGCUUCAUUGCAUAUGUUUAAACUUUUAUGGGAAACAGAAUUGAGCUCACGGAAUCAAAGACUUCACAACAAACCAAAGAUCUUGGAAUCCUCCAUUCCAUCAUCAUCGUCAAAUCAUAUUAGUAGUACAGAGAGUGGCACACCAGAAAAGGAAUCCAUUUGGAGUUCCUUCAGAGGAAUAUUCAAAUAA